AUGACACACACUCUAACCGAGCUGUUACAAGCUCUUAAUGCCGAGAGCCUCUCUGACCGGGUCACGGUGCCGGUAGUGCCGGUGGUGUUGGUGGUGCCGGUGGUGCAGGUGGUGCCGGUGGUGCCGGUGGUACAGGUGGUGUUGGUGGUGCCGGUGGUGCAGGUGGUGUUGGUGGUGCCGGUGGUGCAGGUGGUGUUGGUGGUGCAGGUGGUGUUGGUGGUGCCGGUGGUGCAGGUGGUACAGGUGGUGUUGGUGGUGCCGGUGGUGCAGGUGGUGCAGGUGGUGUUGGUGGUGCCGGUGGUGCAGGUGGUACAGGUGGUGUUGGUGGUGCCGGUGGUACAGGUGGUGCCGGUGGUGCAGGUGGUGUUGGUGGUGCAGGUGGUACAGGUGGUGUUGGUGGUGCCGGUGGUGCAGGUGGUACAGGUGGUGUUGGUGGUGCCGGUGGUACAGGUGGUGCCGGUGGUGCAGGUGGUGUUGGUGGUGCAGGUGGUACAGGUGGUGUUGGUGGUGCCGGUGGUACAGGUAGUGCCGGUGGUACAGGUGGUGUUGGUAGUGCCAGUGGUGCAGGUGGUGUCGGUAGUGCCGGUGGUGCAGGUGGUGCCGGUGGUACAGGUGGUGCCGGUGGUGCCGGUAGUGCCGGUGGUACAGGUGGUGUUGGUGGUGCCGGUGGUGCCGGUGGUGCAGGUGGUGUUGGUGGUGCCGGUGGUACAGGUGGUGUUGGUGGUGCCGGUGGUGUUGGUGGUGCCGGUGGGGAACAUGUCAGACGAUAGAAAUGGUUCAUAUCCAAGCUGUCCACCAAAAUAUGGUUGUGGGAUUUGUUGCUUUUCAGUGUAUUUUUGUUUUUGUUUUCUAGAAGACGUAACACGCUACGAUGAGAUGUUUAAACAAAUGGUUUAGUAUUUUAAGUUCAUGCCCAAGAUCAUUACUUUGUUAUACAUUCUGUUAAAUUCUUUAUGGAAUAUAAAAGCAGUUUUUGUACUCUAAUGCUUUUGAUGGUCUGGAUCACGUGUCCAACCCCAUUCCACAGAGGGCCGCGUGUCUGAGGGGUUUCUCCCUCCUCCCCUUUGUACUUGAUUGGUCAAUUAAAGGUCACUAAUUAGUCAAGAACUCACCCUCACCUGGUUGUCUAGGUCUUAACUGAAAGGAAGAACCAAAAAACCUGCCGACGCCAAGCCCUCCGUGGAACGAGUUGGACCCCCCCUCUGGUCUACAUGGAUAAUAUAUUGUAUUAAAUGACAUUCUAAUAAAAAUAUUGAAGUUG